GUGUCGCAUGUGGUCGACCUGUUGUCACGGUCGUCGUCAUGGCGUGUGUGUCAAACCCGCUGUGCUGGUACUGUGAGCUGCAUGAGGAAACGUUGAGACCCCGCCCAGAGGAGCAUGGCGUCCUUCAUGCUACGGCUUGAAUACGUAUCUUGGACUUAAUUCCUGACUAAUCGGAGACAAUGGGCUUCUGUGCCGGCUGUGGACAAUGUAUUCUUGUACUACUGAAUGUUCUAUUUCUGCUCAUAUCGCUGGCGCUGAUCGUAAUAGGCGUCAUCUUGAAAUUCUUCCCCGGGACUUUUAUGAAAUUCCUGUUUGAAGGCUUGAAAGCGACCGUCCCCUUCAAGCUUCCGACCGGAACAAAUGACCUUGACAUUGUGCCUCUAGUAGAUGAAAUCGGCCUCGCUCUGAUCAUAAUCGGCGUGACGUUGUUCGGCCUGUGUUUCCUGGCGUGUUGCGGUGCUUGUUGCAGAUGGAGACUCUUCCUCAUCUUUUACUGCGUGUGUAUGAUCCUCCUGAUCCUGGCGGUGGCAACCAUGGGUGGACUGUUCAUCGCCACAGACUCACAGCUGCACGCCAGCAUCAAGGCGCAGCUGCAGCAACGUGUCCACGACGACUACAAGGGCCCCGACAGCAGCGACAUCUUCACCCUCGCCAUCAACAUUCUCUCCUACUCAAUGCAGUGCUGUGCGAUGGGAGGUCCUGACGACUUCAACGACAGCGCGCCGUGGACCAAGUACACCUACGACGGGAACACCUUCACACUCCAGGCUUCCCCUGCUUGCUGCACUGACGACUAUCUCCAGAGCAACAGACUAGACGAGUGCACGCAGAGGCCCUUCACCGCCAACAGAAUACACACACAGGGUUGCUACAAGAAGCUGCUGAAUUUAAUCAACGAACAGCAAACCUGGGCAAUCCUGGGCGUGGUGGGGGUUGUACUGCUGCUGAUAGUGCAAGUGAUAUUCGCAAUCGUGUUGACCAAAGACAUAGGAGACAAGAAGAUCUCCCCCAUAUAGACCCCCUUAUACGCAAGAGGGGGCACUACACGGAAAGGCACGAAUUGGCCACCGAUGCCAACAAUUAUGUGUGAUAAAACGCUAUUUGCCAAGACCCCCUUGGAAUGAACGGAUAUUCAACGGCUAACUGUAAAUACAACAAAGUUAUAAUUUUCUAAAGAGAGCAUGGUAUUAUUAUGAUUCGUCCACAUGUGUCACUCAGGGUUUAUUUUGUGAACAUUUACAUAUCCACUGGUUGGCAUGUUUAAUUUCGAGUGGAUCCUAACAGGUUUAUAUUGAAAUCCAGUAACUUUGCGUUGUGAUGUCAGCUAAGACACCUGUUAUUUAGGACGACCGUAAUCAAGGACAAGACUAUUUAUGAUACCCCUUAAUUCGGACGCCAAUUAUUCAAAUUAAUCGUAUCUUAGAGUCAUGUUAUUACAAAUGAACUUAAAGAAAAAAUUAACACACUUUUCCCAUACAAUCUCAUUUCGUCUGUUCAUAUAAUUAACAGAUUUCAACACCAUAAACUGUAAAAUUAAGAGGUUAAUAAGAACAGUAAAUGCGCAUAAAUGUACGUGUUUUAAUUGAAAUAAAAUCAAACCAAAUUUCAAGGACAUUGGUGUGGCUAGCAGAUUUGCGAACGCAAUAUUUAACAAAUGUUAUAUUUUGGAUAACAUUUUGUCAGUAAAGUACAAAGUACUUCUUUGGGUUGGCACCUGAUCGCCAGCACACAAAGUUACUGAUCUAACCCACUCGGCCACCGAGGCUUCCACAAAAUAGAAGUCGGACAAAUGGUAGUCUAGAACAUUUACUUUGUGUACCCCUCUGACAAGUGUUAACAUCUAACCCACUCAGCCACCGAGGCUUCCACAAAAUAGAAGUCGGACAAAUGGUAGUCUAGAACAUUUACUUUGUGUACCCCUCUGACAAGUGUUAAAUCUCACGGCUCCCAGGGCCUAGAAGUCGGACAACUUGUAGUCUAGAACAUUUACUUUGUGUACCCCUCUGACAAGUGUUAAAUCUCACGGCUCCCAGGGCCUAGAAGUCGGACAACUUGUAGUCUAAAACAUUUACUUUGUGUACCCCUCUGACAAGUGUUAAAUCUCACGGCUCCCAGGGCCUGGAAGUCGGACAACUUGUAGUCUAGAACAUUUACUUUGUGUACCCCUCUGACAAGUGUUAAUUGGCACGGCUCCCAGGGCCUAGAAGUCGGACAACUUGUAGUCUAGAACAUUUACUUUGUGUACCCCUCUGACAAGUGUUAAAUCUCACGGCUCCCAGGGCCGAAGCAUCUGUUACAUUUGACCACUUUCUGAAAAGCAGUGUGUAUUCAGGACACACUAUCGUUGUUAACUAGCAGUCUUUACACAACCUCGCCAUGUUUGUGUGUUUCGCAAAUAAAAGAAAUAAGAGUUUAUAUGCUGUUUGAUCAUCA